AUGGGCAACUACGUUUCCACCGCCGAAGUCCCCCAAUCCUCAGCCUCCGAAUCAAUGGACCUCAUGAGGGCCUCAAGGUCCCGGCGAAGCUCUGUGGCUUCAGGAACAUCAUCUGUCGACAGCUCCAGCAGUGCUGAACGAGCUCUCCUUUCAUCCACGGCAGCAACCCCUUCUUCGCCUUCCGAGCUUGAUCCACUCUCGCGGUCCUUCCCCAAACCCACCGAGGACGUCAACCUAGAUGAGAUGCUUGCCAGAAAGCCUCUGAAGUGGACCCUUGGCCACUAUGUCAAGGAGGUACCCACGCGCGAACCUUCCAAGCCAGCCGAGGACAAAGACCGACUUGCGCGGGACAUGGAAGCAAAGAAGAAGGAAAUGCUUGCCGCUAAGGAGGAGAUGCUCAGGCUCUCUGCUGGCAAAUAA